AUCAAAAUUCAAAUACAUUUUUACUUUCAAUUUAGAAUAAUUGAUGCACUUACCACAAUUACAAUAUUGCAUUUGCUCUUGUCUAUUUCCCAUCUAAGCCUUUUUCAUAUUUGGUCUAUAUAACAUUAUUUCCCACGCUGAAUGCCUGUUGUUAAUUUUGAAUGUAGUCUAAGUUGUUGUAUAGGCCUUUCGCUCUCGAAAUAUGCUAAGUAAUAUGUUAUUAUUGCUGAUGCUUAAACAGAUAUCUUCCACACAAUAUUGAUUUUUUUUUUGUUCUCUUCCUUGCACCGGAGAAUAAUUGUGCGCCAAUUGGCUAGGUCAUUUCGAUUAAUUCGCCUGUUAAUGGUCAGCACAUAAAUAAGAAAAACUGAAACAAAUCGACCUGAUACACAUCAUGACCGGCUUUCAUUUGUUCAAUUGCCGUCAUGUGGAAUACUCAGGACAUCAGGUUGCUGCGUAGCGGGCUUGCUCAGGCCGUCUAUCGCCGUUUUUUUCAGUGUAGUGCCUGGCUGCUCUAUGGCAUCGCACGGGGCUGUCAUUUUUUCAAGCUGCGCUACAAUAAACAACAUAAGCGAAUGGAGGAGAUGCAGUAUCAUCGCAUCAUCUCCAAAUUAGUUGUGACGGUUAAGUGUUUGGUUUUUCUUCGCGAUGCGGUGGAUUAUAUGGUACUUGGGUUCGUCGUAUGGAUACAUUUCUUUAGAGUCGAAGACAGCGGAGGGCAGAACUUUUUGAUCGGCCUAGUCAUGCAAGGCCUAACCAUGUAUGUACUGCGUCGUGUAACGAUUUUUUUACAUUCGCAGGAAGAUCGCAAAUUGAUAAUGCAUCUGAUCAACGAGAUCUUCUUCAUAACACGCACCAUUGAGAGCAAGUUUGGCAUGAUUUAUCACUGUGAGCUGUGCCUGUUGUGUGUUUACUUUUUCAAGCAGUAUUUGUUGUAUGUUAUGCUGGACUCUAUGUGGCACAAGCCCUACUUUCUAUGGAUUAACUUUUUCUACUGGAUACUAAUGGAGUAUUGUAGCCUUGGCUAUUUCAUCUAUCAGUUGAUUUUGCUCAAUUGGUAUCGCAACUUUAGCUUCUUCUUGCAACGCUUUAUCGAAUAUCAUGGCAGUCAAAGUUUCAUAUCUGGUCGUUACCAUCGCCGUCUGUUGUGGCUUUUCAAAAUACAUUUGCGCAUCAACAAUUUACAUCAACAUAUCAAAAAGAAGGUCGCCUGGCUGCCUGCGGCCAUCUACUUGGCAAUUUUUACGAGCAUUUUUAACAUGACGUUGAUGAUUGAGUGCAUCGUCUAUGCGGGGGAUGAAAUCGAGAACAAAGUGUAUAUUAUGUCAGAUGGUUGCCUAGGCCCAGCUGUAAUUCCAAUGCUCAACGUAUUUAUUAUUGGCUUGUGCACUGAUCGAUUGCGCAGCGAAGAGUUGACACAACAGCAGCAGAUUGUACUCAUAAAUAUUUUAUAUGUACGUAAGGCCUUCCCACACGAUCAUACACUCAAGGUGCUCAACAACGAGCACACUUCGUUGAUUGUGCAUCAAAAAUUGGAGCCGUUGCUCAAUGUGAUCAUUUUGGAUACCACCUGUGAUCGUGAAUUCGCCUUUGACUACUUUUUGACAGUGAUUGUAACUGCGCUGUCCUUUGUACAAUACACAGUUUCAACAGGUCGCAUUCUUGAUGAGUGUGUGACUCACAAAUAGGCGAAUCUCAUAAGGUGCACAAUCCAACAAAGACCUGCUGAAAGAAAGAAAAAAUUGUUGUACAUAAACGUGGCAUUUGCUUUUGAAAUAAACGCAUCUCUGUGCAGGGAGUUUAGUAUGAAAAA